GGGAUAUUCGUACAGUGAGGGAGAGGAAUGUCUCUGAGUGGACACGUGCUAAAAGGUCAAAAAAGAGGAAGAGAAAGAACAAAUAUAGCGCUCUCUCUCUCUCUCUCUCUCUAUCCGGCGUCAGGAUUACGUCACUUUCCGUCACCUGUCUCUUCUUCAAACUUCAAUAUGAUUUCGUUGGCUUGAAGUUAAGGGUCACAUAACAUAAGUGCUCCUCCAAAAAAGCAGACUUAAAUUCAAUUGUGAUAUCCCUCAAAGUUGUCAUCUUUUAAAUGUUUAGUUUUCUGGUGAGCGAUGCUCUAAACUACCCAUUCCGUUGGGUUGUAUGAUCUUAUAUUGAAAAUUCGGAAUCUGAGGUUUUUUCUUUUGGGGGUUUUGUGAAAUUUCAUGAUUGAAUCAUGACUUUUGGAUUUUUGUGGUUUGAUGUUGUUGUGUAAAGUAGCCAUCUUUGAACAGAGUUAGAAAGUCUAGGUUUUUUUUUGUGUGUUUCUUGUGUUUUGGCCGCCCUGAUCAAUGAAGAGGAUAAUUGGGAGUCCUGGAACUAUGAGUGGGUUCAUACUGAGAUUAGGGCAAUGUGCUACUGCUGCUGCUUCCAUCGGUGUUAUGGUUUCUUCUUACGGCUUCUCUAAUUACACUGCUUUCUGUUUCUUAGUUGCAUCAAUGGGUCUUCAAUUGGUUUGGAGCUUUGGACUUGCAUGUCUUGACGUGUAUGCAAUAAGGAGAAAAAGUGAUUUACGAAGCCCCGUCUUACUGAGCCUAUUCACUGUUGGUGAUUGGGUCACUGCACUACUCGCUCUUGCAGCUGCGUGUUCCUCUGCAGGAGUUACGGUUUUAUUCACAAAAGACACUGAGUUUUGCAGUCAGCAACCAGCUCUCUCUUGCAAUAGGUUUCAGAUUUCUGUCGGUUUAUCUUUCUUUAACUGGGUUUUGGCUGCUAUAUCGUCUCAUGCAAUGUUUUGGAUCUUGAUAUGACAUUGUACAAAUCCAUCUUCCUGAUUUUACAAAAAAAUCCAUAUCUUCUUUGAA